GGAGGCGGCCGGAAGUCGGAUUUCGGUUGCGGAGGCGAAGGCGGCUACGGUGUAAACCCUGAGCUGAGGUUCUUGAUCUUCCGCAAUGGGUGAGCCACAACAAGUGAGUGCUCUUCCACCACCUCCAAUGCAGUACAUCAAGGAAUAUACAGAUGAAAAUAUUCAGGAAGGCCUAGCUCCCAAGCCUCCACCUCCAAUAAAAGACAGUUACAUGAUGUUUGGCAAUCAGUUCCAAUGUGAUGAUCUUAUCAUCCGCCCUUUAGAAAGUCAGGGCAUCGAACGGCUUCAUCCUAUGCAGUUUGAUCACAAGAAGGAACUGAGAAAACUCAAUAUGUCUAUUCUUAUUAAUUUCUUAGACCUCUUAGAUAUCUUGAUAAGGAGUCCUGGGAGUAUAAAACGAGAAGAGAAACUAGAAGAUCUUAAGCUGCUUUUUGUACAUGUGCAUCAUCUCAUAAAUGAAUACCGACCCCACCAAGCAAGAGAGACAUUGAGAGUCAUGAUGGAGGUGCAGAAACGUCAACGCCUUGAAACAGCUGAGCGGUUUCAGAAGCAUCUGGAACGAGUCAUUGAGAUGAUUCAGAAUUGCUUGGCUUCUUUGCCUGAUGAUUUGCCUCAUUCAGAAGCAGGGAUGAGAGUAAAAACUGAACCAAUGGAUGCUGAUGAUAGCAACAAUUGUACUGGACAGAAUGAACAACAAAGAGAAAAUUCAGGUCACAGGAGAGACCAGAUUAUAGAGAAAGAUGCUGCCUUGUGUGUCCUAAUUGAUGAAAUGAAUGAAAGACCAUGAAGGAUGUUUCUUCUUUUUGCUUUUCUCUUUUCCUUUUCAGUAAAUGGUAUAUACUCAUUAAUUUGCUCUUGGAGUGUCUUAAAAGAACUAUAACUAGAAGUCAUGUGAAUGGCUUGACUCCUAUCAAUUAUGGGAUGUCACAGGCAUUGCACUGUAUGGCAAACAUAGGGAAAUGAGUAUAUAUGUAUACACUAAGAGUAAUCACCUUGAAAAGGAAAGUGCUGCGAUUGUGUGGAACAUUCCUGGAUUUGGAGUUUAGCUCAUGGUCUCAGGGUCCUGGGAUCGAGCCCUGCAUCAGGUUCCC